ACAAUUAAACCUCGUGUGCCUAGCGACUCACAACAGAUGCAGAGUUGAUCCCGACGGCGUGUUCCAGAUUUAACCGUAGCUCGCGAUUACUGCUGGGUUCCCACACGCAGAUACACGCGUACAUUCAUACAUGUAUACACAUCGGCACAAGCAUACAAACACAGAAGUAGAAAUAAACACACACAUAUAUAUAGACACACAUAGACAUACAGACACACACACCCAUAUACAUACAAAAACAAAGAUCCCCGUAUAGCCUGACCAGACUGUUGGGGAAAGUGCCGUGAGCGAUACAUACAGACACACGCUGUUAGCGACAGCACGUACACACACACGCACACGUACCCGUAAGCUCACAACAAACACACGUACCCGUAAUCUCAUACACACAACACAAAAACGCAGGCCACACACACACAUUCACGCACACAUUCACGUACACACACAGAAAACCACACCCCCCCCCAAAUAUAUAUACACACAGCAACCCUCAUACAUCCAUCCAUCCACAUACAAUACAUACCCACACUCACACACCCGCACGGGUCGCCGCUUUGUUCUAAGCGACAGCGCAACAUAAGGAGCCGCCUGCACGUCCCCAGCAGCAGCAGCAGCGGAGUGAUGCUGAUGUGCUGAGCGCAGGGAGGACGGAGGAGGCUGCAGAUCGACAACGGAGGAGAGGGGAGCAAGAGGAAGCAAGAGUAAGAGGUGCAGCAGUGGAUGAGGAGAGGGGAGGAGGAGGAGGCUGAAGAUCGGCAACGGAGGAGAGAGAGAGAGGAGUAAGAGGAAGAGUUGCAGCAGUGGAGGAGAGGGGAGGAGGAGGAGGCUGAAGAUCAGCAACGGAGGAGAGAGAGUAAGAGGUGCAGCAGUGGAGGGGAGAAGGAGGAGGCUGAAGAGCAAGCGAGGAGUGGAGGAGGAGCAGGAGGUUGGGCGAGGAGCAACGUUAGAGGAGCCUCCGUCGCCUGCGCGUGGCUGACGUUGAUGCCGAGGAACGGCUUUAAGUUCACAUCCGAGGUGGCACCGUUGAGCCUGAUCGUUGCAUUUCGGAGCGUACCGAGGGCGCCGCAGUCGCACGCCGCGGAGGAGUGACACGGGAAGCAGAGGCGGCAGAGCAUCGGGAGAAGAAGAGGUGUGGGGAGGACUGAACAACAGCAGCGGAGAAGAAGAGAGGAGGAAGACGAAGAGACAGAAGACGACGAGGGAGGGAGGAGAGGGAAGAUGAUGGGGUCGCCUCUACUCGUGUCGCUGCCGCCGCCGCUGCUCCUGCUGCUGCUGCUCGCUCUGCGCUGCUGCUGCUGGGCGCAGCCUCCUCCUCCUCCUCAUCGGCUCCCGUGGGGCGCGACCUCUGCGCAACAGCAGCUCUCACCCUGGGCACGAGGCCAACCCGCGGUGCCUCGAUCCAUGCUGCCCACUGCGAACGGCGGGAACUGGUGCCCGUACCCGGUGAGCAGGAGGGUUCCGUGUCCCGUGCACAACGGCACCGAGGUGUACGUGCGGCGCGUGCUGCACGCCUGCCACUGGGCCAAGGGAUGCGCCCCCAAGAUCAGCUACCGCAGCGCGGUGCGACCGACGUACCGACUCGCGUACCGCCUCGCGUCCGUGUUGGAGUGGCGCUGCUGCCCCGGCUUCACGGGGAAACGCUGCCAAGAUGGGUGCAUGGACUGCGAGCGCCUCACCGAGCUGACGAGCAAACUCAAAGACAUGGAGGCCAAGGUGCGCCUGAUGGAGUCGGGGGACAGGGCGGCAGGGGACUCGAGCAAUGAGCUCCCGGCCGAAGCCGCGGGUCAAGGGGCCCACGGGCCUGAGGUCACGGCAGAGGUCGCGUUCGGGUCCCUCCUCCCGCAAGGGCCCAUGGGCCUGCCUGGCCCUCAAGGGCUCCAAGGGGAGAGGGGACCGGCCGGACAGCCCGGGAAGCAAGGCCCUGUUGGACCGGCUGGACAACCGGGACCCCCAGGAAUUCCCGGGAGACCUGGCACCGAAGGGACCCGUGGAAAAGCAGGACCCAUGGGACCCACAGGCCGGCCCGGCGUGGCGGGGCGAACCGGCCCCACCGGUGGGCUGGGUCCUAUGGGACCGCCUGGAGGAAUAGGGGUCCCCGGCCCCCCCGGACUCCCGGGGUCCCCCGGACCUCCUGGCCCCCCUAGUCCCACGUCGAGCAACCAGAACGUGGCUCUGGCCCGAGGAGAGAGGAGCCGCCUCCCCCACGUGCACGCUGACGUGGUACGAGCGGGGGAUGUGGGGCCCAUCGGCACCCCCGGACCCAUCGGACCCCCAGGAGAUCCCGGUCCCCAGGGCCCUCGUGGUUUCCCAGGGAGGGAUGGUCUCCCAGGGCCGGAGGGGAGACCUGGGCUUCUGGGACCUAGGGGAGAGAAAGGCGAGCUGGGGGAGCGCGGAGAGCGGGGAUCGCGUGGUCCCCAGGGUGACACUGGAGCGAAAGGGAGCAAGGGGGAGUCCUCCGACGGCUGGCAGGCCUUCCAGGAGCUACAGGCCGAGUUUCAGCUGCUGCUGCGUCGCGUAACUCUACUGGAGGAGAUGGUGUGGCCAGAGCCACUCCCGGCCGGCGAGGCAGAAGGUGGAGUCAACGCUGGUCGUCUCCUGGAGCUCAGGAGGAGGAGAGUGGCUCCACGCACGCCCGGACAAGCGACCUCGGUGGCCUGAACCGCGCGUCGCGACCAAACACCAAAAAAAAAACUGGAAAGGCCACGGCAGGCCCGGUACUGGAGCUUGCGCUACGGGUUAGGGUUGCCACCUG